AGUAUGAGUGCGGACUUGGGGCACAGUCGCCGGGUUCUGCCCGCAGUCCCUGCCUCCCCUCCCAUGCCCAGCCCCAGGCCCCAAACCCAGGCGAGCUCCCAGCCCUUGCAGGCGGGGCGGCCCCGGGUGGGGAGAGGGGAGUUGCAGCUUGACGGGUGCGCGGCUCCGGGUCGCGCAGAAGGUCGGCCCCCUUGCAGCUGUGACUGGGAAGUGGACAGACGCUGCUCUUCCUGCCAUUGCACAAGGUCUCCCAUCUUGCAUGUCACUGAAGGGUGAGGCCAGGCCCUCCUUUCCUGGGGCCGCAGGCCGACGUCUAGCCCAGCCCUGUCCCCAGCUUGUUGGAGAAGUGGCUGCCUCUUCCAUCCUCCUCCUCCACCUCUGCGAGAGUAUCGGUUGAGCUGUUUGUGGAAUGCUCGCCUGCAGCCUGGUACUGUGCCGGGCGCUCUGUGCCAGGCCUAGGCCUGUUUUGCAGAGGAAGGAACGGAGGCUCAGGGAGGACAAGUAUACGUGUGUGUUCACCUAUGCUUCUCAAGGAGGGACCAACGAGAAGUGGCAGAUGAGCCUGGGGACCAGCGAAGACCACCAGCACUUCACCUGCACCAUCUGGAGGCCCCAGGGCAAGUCCUACCUGUACUUCACACAGUUCAAGGCAGAGGUGCGGGGUGCGGAGAUCGAGUACGGCAUGGCCUAUUCUAAAGCUGCGUUUGAAAGAGAGAGUGACGUUCCCCUGAAAAAUGAGGAAUUUGAAGUGACCAAAACAGCAGUGUCCCACAGGCCCGGGGCGUUCAAGGCUGAGCUGUCCAAGCUGGUGAUCGUGGCCAAGGCGUCACGCAGUGAGCUGUGACCAGCAGCCCCCUUGGGGGCGACUUCCUCUCAUCUCUACUGAAAGGGCGGUGCCCUGUGAGAUCGGGCACAUUUUUGGCUUUCUAGGGGGCACUGUUGGUUUUCUGCCUGGCUGAUGUUGCCCUCCUCAGACGGGUUCCAGGGUGGCUGAGGCCCUGGGACAGAGUCCAGGGGGCCAGGAGGUUGAGCGGUGCUGUGCCCCCCCUCCCAGUUCCCCAUCUCCCCAGCACCACCGCCACACACCCCCUGCCCCGCUCUUCUGAACACAGAGUGUGGGUCUGCGCCCACUGCCGCUUGUCGUACCAGGAGAGGCAUCAGCACAGGUGGGGGCCGCAGCUUCCUAAAGCCGGCAGUCUCCCUUGGGAUCAGGCCAGGCUCCGAUGCUCAUGCUCCGGGGAAGAGUAGUCCUGCUGCCCUCUGACCUCAGGUUGACUGUUUUCUUACAACUUCCCCAGGAGACCACCUUCCAGACUAACUGGAAAGAAGUGAAAUGCCCUUUUGUAUUUAAAUAAAUAAGAGUUUAAA